AUGGCGGACGGCAAAGCACCAAAGCACAGAGGCUCUCUAAUCUCUGCCAUUCGGUCCACGUUGAAGGCUUCAGGAAAAGGGGGAAGCAGCUCGCAGUCAGGUCUUGGCUCCCCGAAGAUCUACAGCGACCCGGUCCCUCACCGCUUCCGCAAGACGCCGAACGUCAUUGGUGCAGCAAGUGUGAGUCAGCGCAUCUCCGACGAGAGCUGCUGCCCAUCGUUUCGCAGAAUGCCUCUCGUCCACGAUCACGAGGUGGCUCUGCACAGUGGGGUGUCGCCGCACCGUCAGUUCCAAUAUGACAAAAUCGGUCUUCUUCAACUGUCGCUGUCGAUGUGUGCUCCGCCUUCGAGCACUCUCUUGUCAGCGGAAACAGUGUGGGAGGCAGAGAGGUUUUCGACAAACACAACAUCUGUGUCUUAUGAGCAAGUUUCCCCUGCGGUUGUGAGCAGCCGAAAGGCCUCAAUGCUUUUUCACUGGCUUGAAGACCAGUCCGUUACAUGCGGCCAGGAAGUGCGAUAG